AGCAGCUGUAGCGGCAGAGGGGCGACAUGUCCAAGAGCGCAGCGCCGGGACACAAGAAGAAGCCGCAGAGGCCCAGGCUUGACCUGAAGUUUCUGCAGAGGUUCUACUGCAUCCAGAAGGUCCUUUUCCCCACAUGGUCAAAUCAGAAUGUGCUCAUGUUCGGAACGCUGCUCGGUGUCACACUUUUCGAACAACUGGUCAUUUACCAAGUGGGCGUUAUUCCCAGCAAGUUUUAUGAAGUUCUUGCGGGUCAAGACCUGGAGGCCUUCAAGACGCUUUUGCUGUUCGCAGGACUUUUGAUUGUACUGAACUCUAUGCUGAAGAGCCUGGACCAGUUCAUCUGCAGUGUGAUGUACGUGAGCUGGCGGAAGAGUCUCACCGAGUGGCUGCACACGUUCUACUUUCAGAGCAGGGUGUACUACACACUCAAUGUGCUGCGGGAGGACCUCGACAACCCGGACCAACGCAUCAGCCAGGACACGGAGCGGCUUUGCAAGCAGAUGAGCACCAUGGCGAGCCGCCUCAUCCUGUCCCCCUUCACCCUGGCCUACUACACCUACCAGUGCUUCCGCAGCACUGGGUGGGUCGGCCCCACGAGCAUUUUCGGAUACUUUGUCGUUGGAACUGUUGUCAACAAGAUACUGAUGGGGCCCAUUGUGUCCACACUUUUUGAUCAGGAGAAGCUGGAGGGCAACUUUAGGUUCAAGCAUAUGCAGAUCAGAGUGAAUGCUGAAUCUGUUGCCUUCUACAGAGCUGGAAAGGUGGAGCACAUGAGGACGGACCGAAGGCUCCAGGAGCUGCUCCGCACCCAGAGGAGCCUCAUGAACAAGGAGUUCUGGCUCUACAUUGGGGUGAACACCUUUGACUAUGUGGGCGGCUUCCUGAGCUACAUGGUGAUCGCCAUCCCCAUCUUCACUGGGGUGUACAGUGGGCUGAACCCCGCGGAACUGAGUGCUCUCAUCAGCAGGAAUGCCUUUGUCUGCAUCUACCUGAUAAACUGCUUUACCCAGCUGAUAGACCUGUCCACCACGCUUUCAGACGUGGCCGGGUACACCCACAGAAUUGGUGAGCUAAUGGAGGUGAUGUGUGACAUCAUACAGAAGCAGUGUGACUAUGACCCAACAUCUGGGGAUACUUAUGAUUUUGACAGUGAUGUGCAGCCGUCUCACAGUGCAGCGGACACAGCCUUUGUCCUCGACCGGUUGUCCUACAAGUCUCCAUUCUCGGAUGAUCUGCUAGUGAAGGACUUGACUCUGAAGAUCAGCCAAGGCACACAUGUGUUGGUUGUGGGCAACACUGGCACUGGGAAGACAUCCCUCCUGAGGGUUCUCAACCGACUAUGGGAGUCCUCUAGCGGAUUCAUCCACAUGACCACGUGUUUUGGGCCCCGGGGGGUCCUCUUCCUGCCUCAGAAGCCUUACUUGACAGACGGGACUCUGCGAGAACAGGUUAUCUACCCACUGAAGGAGAUCUACCCAGCCUCAGGGUCUGUGGACGAUGAGAGGAUCCUGCAGUUCCUCAAGCUCGCUGGAGUGUCGAACCUGUUGAAAAGGACGGGAGGACUGGACGAGAAGGUCGACUGGAACUGGUACGAUGUCCUGUCACCUGGGGAAAUGCAGCGGCUCUGCUUCGCUCGCCUUUUCUACCUGCAGCCCAAAUACGCAGUGGUCACCCAUGAGCUGUCCCGGUGACAAGCACAUCAGAGAGGAUUGACGGUCAGAGAAAUGCCAGAGGACAUCUCCUUCACAGGCACUUCACAGCAGGUUGUCAAAACAGCAUGUUCUCAUCAGCACAACAUACGAGCACAUGAUGGGAGCAGGUGACAUCGGUUCUCAGGUGUGACGUGACAAAACCCAUGCUUAUGAUACCGUGCCUUUUGAUAUUGUCAGGCACUGGUUAUUCCAGCCUGCUCAAUUUUAUAAGCUGGCUGUUCACUCUCACCAGCUGAAAGCCUAUGUGUGAUAUAAUGCAUUAAAUUUUAGCAUUUUUAUAAUUCAGAACUUAAUUUUUCACAGCAAAUUGAGUAAUGAAUCCUAAUCCUAUUUUUAAUACACUUUACACAUAGAAAUCAUUGUUUUCGAAACAGAGCACACCAUGGUAUUAUUGAGGUGCCCUGUAGCCAGGCUGAGAUUAGCUGACAGAUAGUGUGUAGACAGCUGUAUAAUUUCUGUAAAAUAUGAGGAGCCUCUGCAGCGCAGAACAGCUUGUCUCUUAGCUGUUGAAUGGUUGUUUUCCCACCAGAUAAGUGACGUAAUUUCUCACUAUUUCGAGGAAUCGGUCAUGUGGUGGGUGUUUUGCAGCGCUCUGCAUCACCCUGUGGUGGAGUGCGCUCUGUAAAAAUAAACUGGAAUUAAAGUGAGUUAUUUUUUAGCCUUGUGUGUGUGCUGAGCUCCUGCUGGACAGCAUCUCCUGUUGGGUCACUCUAGGAGCUGUCCAGCGGAGGUGCGUUUGGUCGUCGGUCUUCAGGCUGUUGCACCUCUCCAAUUACGACCUCUACCAUCCUGGGGUUCAUCAGAUGUAAUUCCAGGGUCUCUAGUCCAUCCACUCUUUGUGGAAUGUGAUUGGGCGUUAUGGCCUAAAAGUGGUGUUCGUCUCUCACUGCGUGUGCAAUCUGUUCUGCAUGUUCACACCAUUUGUGAAACGUUUGCACUUUAACUACAGCAUUUUUGGAGCUUCUGUGAAACAGCACGUAACACGGAUCUGCAGCUCUAUUUUCGUGCCACUGUCAGAGAUG